CGCCUCAAAAAGAAGAUUUAAAAUGGCGUCUAGCAGGAAGCUACCUCUUUUUAUCUUUCCAGAAGAGCUGAGAUACGAUGAAGGAACAAACAAGCAAGUCCUUACCAUAUACAAUCCAUUUGAAGUCUCUCUCAAGUAUAAAAUUCUUUGCACAGUCCCUCAUAAAUACAGAGUAAUGAAUUCACAAGGAGUCCUCAAGCCACAGUGCUGCAUUGACAUCGUUAUUGUACGAUUGAAGCAAGGUGGUGAAAGAGAGGAGCCAGAAGAAGACAGUGUUGUAGAUGGAGACGUCGACAAGUUUUGUGUUGAACUCUAUCAGGGAAGCAAGCUCUUUGGACAGAAACAAAUCAUAUCUAAACUCUGCUCUCAAAAGAGAAAACAUAAGAUGGAUGAAAUCAGUGAGUUUAAAGAGCUACCAGUUAGAACAAGACCCAAUGAACAAAGACAGCUAUUAAUUCACACUGGAGGCUACACAACUCCUAGUACUUGGCUAACAGUCAUCAUUGGUUUAUUGUCGCUACUCAUCCUUUUGUUACCUCUUGAUGGAGAGAGCUCGUCGUGGCCUCCAUGGCUCCAUGUUACAGUUAAUAUGAAACUAAUAGCAUCAUUUGUAUUAGGUCUGGUUACAAUGGCAAUACUCAAAUCAUAAGAAACCAAUUAUCACUUACAAUGUAUGUACAUGUACAUGUACAUGUAUAAUGUAUUCAGUUCCAUCAGUCACUUUCAGAAUCAGUA